AUGGCGUCCCCAGCAAUCACCCACCGCACCAUCCGCAUCAGAGAUCAUUACGAUGACCCUCAACAAUCCAGAUCCAACAGACCAUCCCGGCGCUCUAAUGUCCAGGGGCGCCGCAGCGACCAACCCAGCCAGCGUAUCCUUCAAAUGCCCCCCUACCAACCCCAGGUUGCCCCGUUUAAUGCCGCUGCAACGCACAAACUGGGCAUGUUGCCCAAUUUCGAACGACUGACGUCGCUGCGCAAGCGCCUGUCUGAGGCAGCCAGUGUAUUGACGGAUUGUGCGGGGAUGAUUAAUGACCGACUUGUGGAUGCUAAAGUGAGGGAGGUGAAGGCGAAGGCAGCGUUGCAGAAGAAGAGGAAGGGUGGUGGGGAUGAGGAGGUUGGAGUAUAUGAGAGUAGGGAGUCUGAUGGGGGAGGUGAAGCGGAUGGGGAACAGGAGGAAAGAGAAAAUAAGAAGAUUGCGUUGAUGGAGGAGCAGGUGAAGAGGUUGACCGGGCAGUUGGAAGAGCAGAUGCGCAAGAUUGUUGAUGCGGAGGUGAGGACGGCGGAACUGACGGAUGGGUUGAAUCGGUUGCAUCAGGAGGCACAGAAGGCUAUGGCGGCGGCGCCAGAUGCACGACAGGCGAAGCGGAGGAGGACGAGGCAGAGAGCUGGGCAGGAGAGUGGGGAUGAGAGUGGGGAUGUGGAUGGGGAUGGGGAUGAGGGUGAGGGUGAGGAUGAGAGUGAGUUUGCUGCUGAUGGAAGAGCUGGGAGGCUGGACGGCGGUGCGUGUAAGGUACUGCGGAAAGAGCUGAAGGAGAAGAAAGACCAAUGGAAGGAUAUGUCGUUGACGGAUCGCUACACCAAAAACAACAGCUACAUCGAAUUCUUCCGCGUGGUGCACGAAACACAGCAUCCUGGCGACGAAAUACCUCCACUCCCCCACCCGUCGACCUGGUUCGCAGACAAAGAACAUCCACAACAACGCAACCACCACCAGCAAACUACAGCUGCAGAGGAAGACGCAGAGUCCUCUGAUGACCUAGCCGUUCGUGGCGAACGCGUCUCCCUCCGCUGCCCUAUUACGCUGCUUCCCUUCUCAGAACCAGUGAAGAGCAAGAAAUGCCCGCAUAGUUUUGAGCGACGCGCGAUCGUCGCGAUGCUAGAGCGGAGCAAGGAGCGGGUUACUGUUCCUAACCCGAAUCGACCGGGCGCGGGGCGUCGUGUUAAUUGCGUAAACUGUCCUGUGUGUACGGUGCAGAUUACGCAGUUUGAUCUGGAGGGUGAUAUUGUGGCGGCUAGAAGGAUUAGGAGGGCAGAGGAGAGGAAAAGAAGGGAGGAGGACGAUGAGGAGGAUGGGGAGGAUGAGGACGACGACGACGACGGCGUUGUCAUGAAUCAGGCAAGGGAGCGGGGGAAUACGAGGGUUAAGUUAGUGAGGGCGGAGACGAGGGAGCCUAGCAGGGUGCCUGAUACGCAGAUGGAUGAUGUGGAUGAUUGA